AUGCUUUCGUUCCUAGGUGGCUUGUUUGCAAGGAAAAGUAUGCUUGCGAACGUUGCCUCAGCAGUUGCUUUUGCGCUUCCGGAUAACAGAUGGUUGCUCACUGUCGAUCAGGAACUUGUACCAUAUUCCUCUUUCGGAGCGAGAAUUGACGACCUAGAAAAUGUGUUCAAGAGUAGAAGUGGUCUAGAUAUGUCUGACACCGGAAGCGUUGGUCUUGGUACAGAAGGAAGUACAGACCUUAAACCGCCCAUGACCAAACGAGAUUCCAUUUCGUCCUUAAGUUCCAUAGCGACGGGUAUAUCCCAAAGGACCUUUCUCGACGAGACUUUAGCAACCCGAUCCGAAAAGCCCCCAAAAGACACUGUCUUUUCGUCCCCGUUCAUAUUUUCUGUCACUCAGAAAAGUGAAAUCAUGGCUUUUGCCUCCAACGGCUCACUUCCAGGGGUUGUAGAACAACUGUGUCUCGUGGAAGGGCAGGAGAAACUAGAAGAAGGGGCGAAGAUCAUGUUGUGUCGAAAGGAUCGCGCCCUUGCUGCAGUGUAUUGGCCAAACGGUCGCGUUGUUGUCGUAGAACUAACAGAUGAUCUGGAGUCACUCAUUGAGCAAAAAGAAGCUGAAGGAGAACUUCGGUUGGCUUUGGCAUUGGUACCGGCAGAUCAAGUCGAUAGAAUGAUAGCGCUGCGGCGCAUGCUUGCAAAAGAAGCACGACAAGAGGAAUGGCACGAUGCAGCCGUGCAUCACAUGCAGAACGUUGUCAACCUGGUGGUACGACGAGAAGGAAUCAACCAGGUUGAUCUCAUCACAGAAGCGGUCGAACUUCGGGGACCACGCAAUGGAGGAUGGCACAAAGACAAGGAUAUCGCUACGCUUUGGGCAGAUUUUCUGUUCCGCUUGCGCCGUCGCAUCAUGCGACCCAGCUUGGCGGAUAUCGACGUCCUGGAAACUUUGUGCUACGCCGAUGAAUCCGCAGCCCGAAUUAAGGCCCUGAUGGCUGUAGACCAUGCCGUUGGAUUGCAUACGGGAGAAACUUUAAUCACUCGAAAAGAAUGUGCACUGCGCGAGGAAGAGCGCGUGGAGGCACUCGUUGCGUUGUAUACAUCUCUGGGAGAGCACGGAAAGGCCCUUCUCCUGAUAAAAAACUCGGACAAACAAAACACUUUCAAUGGAGUUGCUGGGUAUCUUUCAGAUGGCAUGCGGGCCAGUGACGACCCAGAUUCUUUCUUCUCGAACUUGAAAUGGCUUGCGCAUAGAUCCAGAGAGGAAAGGUACGGCCGAGAUGAACUACGCAAGCUCAUCGUAAAAGUUGUGCAUGACUGCCAAGAUUCGGAAACCCUACUUCGACGGGUUUUCGAGGUAUUGGUUGAAGAAGUAGAAGAACUUGUCGAUAUGGUGGUAAGAGAACUCUCGAAGGCGUGCUGCGAUGAAGGAAAUGAGGGACCAGAGGAGAAGAAGUGCGGCACAGAAGCGGAAGAAACAGCAUCUGCCGAUGUUCUCGCCUCUGCAAUGCUUGCAGGAAUGGUGAGAGCUAGUAUGCUUGAGAAGCGAAAUGUGUUCGACCGUUUACGGGCACUCUUUGGGACUUCUAUCCUACAUCGUCCAGAUCAGUCAUACCAUUCGUACACACUCUUGCAAGCCCUACAAACGACCGAGAACAAGGCCCUUGGACUACAUGAGGAACUAGCGUUCUUGUUAGGAAGGCAAGGACGGCAUGAAGCUGCUGCAGAUGAACUAGCAGCGGAACCAAAUCUUGCCCCGGAUGAGGCACUGGCAAGACUAACUCGUAUGCUUUCCGUGCUAGACAAACCAUCGGCGUCCGACUCUUUGGUAGCGGCAUACUUGCGCGUGUCUUGUGAGGGACGAGCAAUGAGAAUUCAGGAUGCUAGCAAGGUACUUCGAUGCGGUGGGGGCCAUCUUGAAAUUGAAAAACUAUUGCUGGACGGGCGCUGUUCUGAUAAUUCCUUGACAGUUUCCGAGAUGCGUCCCUUCCUUCAAGCAGCACUUGAGUCAGGGAACGAAAGGCUUCGUCUUGCCGACAUAUUCCGAGCUUCUCGAAAGAGCGAGGUCCGCCGAUUACGGGAAGAGGUGCUUACAAGACGACGUAGAUUUGUGCUCAUAGGCCACGACCGAGCAUGCACGCUGUGCACAAGGCGGAUCGGAAAUUCAGUUCUUGCGGCCUACCCCGACGGGUCGGUAGCCCACCUCGCCUGUCAUAUGAGUAAAGAUGGUGGCUAGCUCAA